CCUCCACUCUUUUGAGCCAGUGAUCUUCUCUCCUUGGAGCUUGUAUACUCAAGAAAGAGAAGAAAACGCAGAUUGGCAGACUCCUUCAAAUUUGAUACUCAGUACUGUUAUGAUUUCUUCAUUACUGGAUGUUGAGUCUGGAUAUCAGAACUGGUACAGUGAAGUACUCUUCCACUAAGCUGAGGGACCAGCCUAAAAUCAACAGAACAACGACGGGCCAAACACAAUCAGGAAAUUUAGGUCUAUUAAAGUGAAAAGCAAACAACCUGUCCCUCUGCCCUUUCCUGAAAUCUAAAUGUGAUGGCAGCGUUGCUCUUCCCUGUGCAGCUGCUGGCAGUGGCUGUCACCGUGUACCUAGAGCUGGUGAGGACUGCUCAAGGUGGAGUCUACUAUGGCAUCAAGCAGUUGCCACCCCAGGUGCCUCAGUACCAACCCCUUGGACAACAAGUACCUCACAUGCCACUGGGCAAGGAAGGCAUCCCGAUGCAGCACAUGGGCAAGGAGGUGCCCCACAUGCAGUAUGGGAAAGAGUACCCCCACCUGCCUCAGUACAUGAAGGAGGUCCCACAGAUGCCUCUGCUCGGCAAGGACAUGGCUCCCAAGAAGGAGAAAGAAAUACCCAUGCGCAGUCUGAGAGGUGAGCAGGGUCCCCCUGGUGAGCCCGGACCGAGAGGGCCACCGGGACCACCAGGAUUACCAGGUCACGGCGUGCCAGGAGCCAAAGGAAAACCGGGCCCACAAGGAUAUCCAGGAAUUGGGAAGCCGGGUUUGCCAGGGAUGCCAGGGAAACCGGGGGUCAUGGGGCCCCCGGGGCCAAGAGGGGAGAUGGGACCAAAGGGGGAGAUCGGGCCCAUGGGGAUACCUGGGCCCCAGGGACCACCAGGACCUCAUGGGCUUCCCGGCAUCGGGAAAGCGGGUCCUCCAGGGCUUCAGGGACAGCCAGGGCUGAAGGGUGAGCCUGGGAUGAAGGGGCCCCCGGGAGUCCCUGGGAUCCCGGGGCCAAAAGGGGAGAAGGGCGUUGGGAUCCCCGGUUUGCCAGGGCUCAAAGGUCCACCUGGGUUGCCCGGACCCCCAGGUCCUGUGGGGCUGCCGGGGGUCGGCAAGCCGGGCAUGGUUGGCUUCCCCGGCCCUCAGGGACCCAUGGGCAAACCUGGACCCCCAGGAGAGCUGGGGCUGCAGGGGCCGCCAGGAGCUCCUGGGAUCCAAGGCCCUCCCGGCCUGCCCGGCGUCGGCAAACCAGGCCAGGACGGUGUCCCCGGCCAGCCGGGCUUCCCGGGUGGCAAAGGGGAGCAGGGCCUGCCGGGUCUGCCAGGGCCUCCCGGCCUCCCUGGGGUUGGGAAGCCAGGCUUCCCUGGGCCCAAAGGUGAGCGUGGCAUGGGUGGUCUGCCUGGGCCCCUGGGGCCGAAGGGGGAGAAGGGACACGUGGGGCCACCUGGCAUGGGGGGGCCGCCAGGGGAGCCAGGCCAGCCAGGGCUGCCGGGAAUCAUGGGCCCCCCAGGGGCUGCUGGCUUCCCAGGACCCAAGGGAGAAGGAGGUGCUGUGGGGCCACCAGGACCCGUUGGCCCCAAGGGCGAACCUGGCCUGCAGGGUUUUCCAGGGAAGCCAGGUUUCCCUGGGGAAGUGGGGGCUCCCGGGCUGCGGGGGCUGCCAGGUCCCAUAGGGCCCAAGGGGGAAGGUGGGCACAAAGGCUUGCCGGGGCUGCCGGGAGUCCCAGGGCUCGUGGGGCCCAAGGGCGAGCCGGGGCUCCCCGGCGCCCAGGGCCUUCAGGGCCCCUCGGGCAUUCCAGGGAUCGCAGGACCCAGCGGUCCCAUUGGUCCUCCAGGGUUGCCAGGGGCAAAGGGUGAGCCCGGCCAGCCCGGACCUCCCGGCUUCCCCGGUGUGGGCAAACCUGGUGUGGCAGGGCUGCAGGGACCCCCAGGGAAGCCCGGGGCUCUCGGUCCCCCCGGCCAGCCAGGACUUCAGGGGCCACCUGGACCCCCUGGCCCCCCAGGGCCCCCAGUGAUCAUCCCACCCACUCCACCAGCCGUGGGACAGUACAUGCCCGAGGUGGGGCCUGGGAUAGACGGCCUCAAAUCCCCCUACGGCUACAAGGGCAAGAAAGGCAAAGCUGGAGGCGCCGUCUACGAGAUGCCCGCGUUCACCGCAGAGCUCCUCACCCCCUUUCCCCGCGUCGGGGUUCCUGUGAAGUUUGACAAGCUCCUCUACAACGGCCGCCAGAACUACAACCCCCAGACAGGGAUCUUCACCUGCGAGAUCCCUGGCAUCUACUACUUCGCCUACCACGUUCACUGUAAAGGGGCCAGUGUUUGGGUGGCGUUGUUCAAGAACAACGAGCCGCUGAUGUACACCUACGAUGAGUACAAGAAGGGUUUCCUGGACCAGGCUUCGGGCAGUGCUGUUGUUCAGCUGAUGCACGGGGACAAGGUCUACGUUCAAAUGCCAUCUGAGCAGGCAGCAGGACUCUAUGCUGGGCAGUAUGUUCAUUCAUCUUUUUCAGGAUAUUUGCUGUACCCCAUGUAAAACAAAAACCAGACACAGACACACACACAAACACACACACCGCAGAAUCAGAACCUUUCUUCUCUGCUUCAGACAUCAUACCAUGAAAGAUGCAUUUUAUGACCGGUUCAGACCAUCUUGUACAAAAAAAACAAAAACAAAAAACAAAGUUUAACAUUAUGCACAGCUAGUUAU